GUGUAUGCGAGCAGCCAGAUGAUAAACCCUAUAACUUUACAUUUCUGCAAUGCAGACGCUGAAUACCCAGUGUGUUCCGUGGGCGGGAUAGAAAGAAGGCGACAUGGCCGCAUUCGAGGUGACGGUGCGCGACUUCCCUGACCUUAAAGACCGGACGCGCAUCCUGCUGGAACAGAGGCCCCCCGAAGGGUCGCAGUGCCUACGCUGUGGCGACCUCGCGGGACUGGCGUGGCGCGCCGUGUGCGGACACUGCUUCUGCAACGACUGCAAGGACGUCUUGACGCGGGCGCACGUGCUCACCUGCCCCGUCCACUUCGUGAAGACGCCCGGAAAUAUGCUCAAGCGGACGGACCAAGGUCUGCAGGAGACGAAGGAGUGUACAGCAGUCUGCGCGUCGAGUGGUUGCACCGAAUCGGGAAGCCUGCAAUACAUAUUGACACAUUGUGAAAGUUGUCCUAAGAAGCCCCGGAUACGGCGGAACUACUCUUGGCAAUGCUUUGAAGGUGAACUGGAGGACAAUCUGCACAGUGGGCUUGUGAAGAUCAUCAAGCCGCCUUCGCCGGCAUCGCCUAAGAUCGAGAUGCCGAAUCCUCUGGAAUUUCCUGUGGUCCAGCAAUGCUCGUCCUUAUAGCAUCGAACUCAACCCUCACUUCAUCUUGUUAGCGUGCACCAUUAUAUGUCGUCGCUGAUUUUUGAUCAAGUCGGCAUUUUAAACUCACUCUUGCAUAAAUAGCUGCGACAUCUAUCAUGUAUUAGAAACUGUCGUCUUGCAUGAGGUAGAGCUGUACUCUUACUCUCGCUGACACAAACUUUAUAGCAUUUUCCCAGUCGUUUUACGCUAUCUCUGUGGUAACUGGCACCGCAAACAACUGGUAGAUAUUCCUCGCUAAACGAUUCGAGGUCCCGGAAAGCACGUAUGUUUCUACAAUGCAGCAAUUUACAGCUCAGUAACUAUGCAGCACACGUAUUAUCACCAUUUUGUAGCCAGAUGACCAAAGUCACUGCCUGUCAUCACGGUCGCCAUCAUCAUAAAUUUCGAAGUCUCGCGGUAAGCUCACCGCAUUUUUCAUGGCGCCAUGGUAAACACAUGACUCUAUGACCCUUCGCUCUGUCUGGUGUCCAUGUUUCCGCCAUCAUCAAUGGGAACCCUAUUUUUGGACCGAACCAGGCCAACAAUAAAAUUGUAUUU